UGCAGCAUCAGUCUGUAAUAGUAGAAUAAAAUGUGUGGGAGGAACAGCCGAGAUAUCGCAAUCCAGUGAGCUCAAGCGGACUUCCUGUGGUCUUGGGUUUCCUCUCACAUGAACCUUACCCAAUAUAUGUACUUUUUCGUUAUUCUCUCUACACACAGUCUCCAAAGCAAAGAGGGAAGCCUGGGAGUUCAGAGUAGCUCAGGCAAGGUGUAAAACAGGUGGAGAUCGGUAAACGUUUGCAGUGGAUAUACUGUUACAGAAGAGGUCAACCGCUGAAGGUCGUGUCAGUUUCAGAGCUGUGUCGAAGCCAAACUCAGAUUCUUCAGAGGCUUUCCUGAUGGCAUCCAAUAUCACCACCACCGCUGCCGCCGCCGCUGCCUCCUCUCUGUCCAUCAGCCACCUGGUCGGCAUUAUUAUCCUGACCCUGGCGUUCGUACUGGGUUUCCCCGGCAACCUGUUUGUGGUUUGGUCCGUGGCCUGCCAGGUGAAAAAGCGCUCAGUGACCUGUUUGUUGAUAGUGAAUUUGGCUAUUGCGGAUGCUUUCGUGCUGCUCAGUGCCCCUUUUUUCCUGCGCUACCUGGCUGGAGGUCGGGGCUGGGAGUUUGGAUCGGCAGCCUGCAAACUGGUGCAUUACCUGUCAAAUGUGAACAUGUAUGUGUCCAUCUACCUCAUCUGCCUGAUGAGCAUGGACCGCUGGCUGGCCGUAACCAGGCCUUUUCUGUCCCAGAGAAUGAGAACCAAGCGCUCCCUGUUGGUUCUCCUGCUGGUGGUCUGGGUGAUGGCAUUCAUCCUGUCGCUGCCGAUGCCUUUCUACCGCAGUAAUCUGGGGAAACUAGGAUCAAACAAUGUCACUUUGUACUAUUGUAUUCCGUACCACUGGAGGAGCGUGGGUCACGAAGUCUUCCAGUACGUGUUUGAGACCGUCAUGGGCUGCCUGGUGCCUUUUUCCCUCCUCACCACCUGUUACUCCUCCAUCAUCUGCCGUCUGAAAAGCGCCAAGUUCCAUCGCAGAAGACAAGGCAGCCGCCUCAUCCUGCUGAUCAUGUGUGCUUUUGCAGUAUUCUGGCUGCCCUAUCACAUUGUCAACAUCAUACAGGUUGUCGGUCAGUUGCUGGGCAGUGCUUCAGUGAUGGCCGCUGCCAAAACAGCCCGACCAAAUGUCACAGCCUUUGCUUACUUCAGCAGCGCUGUCAACCCCAUACUCUACGUGUUUGCCGGCAGCUCCCACAUCCGCCAGGCUGGCCUAGGCUUCAUGGGUAAGCUCUUCGAGGCCACAAACUCAGAGAGCAGGACCACGUCUACUUUCACCCGCGGUGGCCGCACGAGCAGCUCUUCACCAGAUGAUGGCUCUGUCCUGCACACGCUAUCAACAAAACUGGGAAGGCCUUUCAAAGGCAAGAACAAGGACAGGAGCAGCAGCAUGGCGGGAAAAGAGGUCGACGAGUCUGAGCUCAAGACUAUGGCCAGUGUUGACCAGAUAGAGUACAGCACUCAGGGCUGCCCCUGACCAAAUUGGGGCCCUAAGCGAAAUUUUAUCUGUGGGUUGGCCCCAUCACCAGAUGCAAAGUUUCCUCCACCAUUUUAGUGGUGAACAAAACAAAAAUUGAAGCAUUUGAAUACUGGUUUGGACACUGAUUACUAUGGCAAUGACUGAAGCUUUGAAUCCUUGAAGCAUUUGGGUCAGCCCUAUCCCCAGAGGAUGAAUCCUAAUGACUUUGCCACCAGAGGGUCAAAGUUUUCUUUCAAAUGAAUGACUGUGGUCAUCCCCUCAAAUUUCCCGUGGGGCCACCAGAUUAGCAUUUGUUUGGUGUUGAAUUCCUUGCUAAUUAUGCAAUGUUAGCAUGCUAACACGCUAAGCUAAGAUGGUGAACAUUAACUCUGCAGACGUAUAGCUUUACGGAGCCGCUACCAUGCUUGUUUUAAAUAAAAGCAUUGUCGGCCCAGAAACGCACAAAAUUAUAAUCAUUUGCUUGUAUAUUUUAUAUGAUUUUGAGCCAUUUUUUUUAUACGCCUAAAAGAAUGUUCGACUUGUAUGGCACUGACUUUAAUGUUAUGUAUGUAUACUUUGCUAUGUAAAUUAUUACAUUUUUUCACAUGCUUUUUGUUGUAAUUUGUAUGGUCAUUUGUCAUUAAAUACGAAAGACCGUGUUUGUUAACGUAACCCCUUGAAACCUGAGCAAAUUGGCUUGAUUUCUUUAAAAAAGAAGGGAAGAGGGCAAUGAGCGAAUGAAAGAAAAAGAAAAAAAAUGACCCAAUAAAUUAGCAAGAAACUGGUAAAAAGAGAAAAAAUAAGAAAAUUAGUAAUAAAAAAACAAACAAGGAAAUUGCCUGAAAGGAGUGCUUAAAAAUUAUAAUAAUUCUGUAACAGUUUUUUAAUUUAAUAAUAAUAAUUAUUAUUAUUAAUUCAUUUUUUCUAUAGCGCUUUACUUUUUUCCCUAGUUUUAAAAAAAAGAAAAAAAAGAUAAAAUCAUUAUUUAUGAUAUUAUUAUUAUUAUUAUUAUUAUUAUUAUUAUUAUUUGCUCAGCUUUGCUCAGGGUUCAAAAAUUGUUUAAAUACUUGUGAAAGGCAUCUGAAAGCAGCACAAGAAAAGUGAUGUUGCUCCAGGUUUUUUUUUAAAGGAUUAAUAAAGCUUUUAUAAUAUUAAAUUUCUGCUGCUGUGUAUUUGUCAAAAAGGUCCAAAAGAGUACAUAGAGUUCUUGUUUGCAAAAUUAACUGACUUUUCAUUUUGCAAUGUUCAGCUGCGAGAACAAAUCAUUGCAUAUUGUAAGACGCAUUUCAUCAAUGCGUGCUUUCUUUCACUCUUUCCUGCAUCACCUCUGUCCACUAUUACAUAACAACCUACUGAA